AUGGACAGGAUUCUUCAGAAGCUGCUUUUUGACACAAGAUUUACGACGAACAAGAUAGAGAAGGAGUUUUUGGUAAGAAGGAUGGGUCUUGGAUACAGCAUGAGGCCAAAGAAGCUGGAGCGAGACAUCAUUAGGCCCUGUCUCAAGGCAGCAAGAAAAAGGGAGGAGGCUAAUGUUGCUGAGGAGGAGGAAGAGGAUAUUGGAAGGUCUGGGUCUGUUAAAAAAAGGUCUGUAUCCAGAAGGCACUGA